UAAUCCUAACCUAUCAUCCAAAUAGUAAAUACGUCAAACACGUGUUUUGAAAUAUUUUCAUUAAAAGUGAGGAUAAAUGUGUAUAUUUGAAUAUACCAAAAAUGCCCAAAAUUAAAGCAGAAAAAAAAUCUAGAAUUCACAAUGAAGUGGCCAAACAAGGGAUUAUGUUUAAUAAGGAUUUUGGACAACAUAUAUUAAAAAAUCCAGCAAUAAUAACUGCUAUACUAGACAAAGCAGCCGUUCAAGCUACCGAUGUUGUUCUUGAAGUUGGACCUGGUACUGGUAACUUAACAAUUCAAUUAUUAAGCAGAUGUAAAAAAGUUAUAGCCUGUGAAAUUGACCCACGGUUAGUGGCUGAACUUCAAAAGCGUGUGCAAGGAACUCAAUACCAACCAAAAUUACAAAUACUUAUUGGAGAUGUGUUGAAAUCUGAUUUACCAUUUUUCGAUUUAUGUGUUGCCAAUGUGCCAUAUCAAAUUAGUUCUCCUUUAGUUUUUAAAUUAUUAUUACACAGGCCCCAAUUUCGAUGUGCUGUUUUAAUGUUUCAAAGAGAAUUCGCACAGCGUCUGGUUGCAAAACCUGGAGAUAAAUUAUAUUGUAGAUUAUCAAUAAAUACUCAGUUAUUAGCUCGUGUCGAUAUGUUAAUGAAGGUAGGAAAAAAUAAUUUUCGUCCACCACCGAAAGUAGAAUCAAAUGUUGUUCGAAUUGAACCGAUUCGACCCCCUCCACCAAUUUGUUAUCCAGAAUGGGAUGCCUUAACUCGUAUUGCAUUUACGAGAAAGAAUAAAACCUUAUCAGCUGCAUUUAAACAAGGAGGUGUUACUGCGGCUUUAGAAGCAAAUUACAAACGACAUUGUAGUUUAAAUAAUAUUGCAAUUGAUCCAAAUUUUGACAUAAAAUCAAAAAUUGAAACGAUUUUAAAAACAGUAGAAGCUGACCAAAAACGGGCAAGAACAAUGGAUAUCGACGAUUUCAUUAGCUUAUUACACGCAUUCAAUUCAGAGGGCAUUCAUUUUGCUUGAUGUGCUUC